AUGCCUUCUCGUGCAGAAAUCACCUACUUUGGUGCUGGCCCGGCGGCUCUGCCCACCGAUGUCCUCGAGAGCGCCGCAAGCGCCCUCUUGGACUAUCAGGGCACUGGUUUGGGCAUUGCUGAGCACUCGCAUCGCUCUGCUCUGGCUGCCAAGAUCAUCGACGAGGCCAAGGCUGACCUGGCCAACUAUCUUGAUAUUCCCAGUGACUAUGAGAUUUUGUUCAUGCAGGGUGGUGGCAGUGGUGAGUUCUCUGCCACCGUCUACAACCUUGUCGGUGCCUGGGUCACCAGGAAGCAGCAGGAGGCCGCGAAACAGGCUGGUGAUGAUGAGGCCAAGAUCGCCGAGAUUCUGCAGAAGCAGGUUGCUUCCGAGCUGAAGCUUGACUAUGUUGUCACUGGUGGCUGGUCACUCAAGGCUUACCAGGAGGCAUGCCGCCUUGUGGGCGAGGAACACGUCAACCUGGUCGCUGAUGCCAGAAAGAUCAACGAUGGCAAAUUUGGUAAGAUUCCGGAAGAGAGCAGCUGGAAGCUUUCGCAGAAUGCGGCCAUGGUUUACUACUGCGACAACGAGACUGUUGACGGUGUGGAAUUUCCCGGUUUCCCACAAAUACUGACUCCCAAUGCGGACGGCUCCGGCCCCAUUGUGGUAGCCGACAUGUCCUCCAACAUUUUGUCCAGGAGGAUUCCGGUCAAGAACUACCACGUCAUCUUCUUUGGUGCGCAGAAGAACUUGGGAUCUACCGGCAUUACGGUCGCCAUUGUCAAGAAGGACCUCUUGCCUCCUGUCACUCCUCAGCCAUCACCAAAGCUUCUCAGGAAGCUCGGCCUGCCCAUCGGACCCAUUGUCCUGUCCUACGAGACUAUUGCCAAGAACAACAGUCUGUACAACACCCUUAGCAUCUUUGAUGUGUACAUUGCUGGUCAGGUCCUAAAGAAAUUGCUCGCCACCUACCGGCAGUACAAGGUCGAUGGCCAAGAAGCUGUGGCCAAUGAAAAGGCCAAGCUCAUCUAUGAGGCUCUGGAGGCGUAUCCCGAAGUGUACAGAAUUGUUCCAGACAAGACUGCACGUUCUCGGAUGAACAUCUGCUUCAGGAUCAUCAAGGGCCCCGACACUGAUGCGUCUGAGAAGUCUUUCCUGAGCCAAUCCAAGGACAAGGGUUUGGAAGGCCUGAAGGGACACCGCAGCGUUGGCGGUAUCAGAGCCAGCAACUACAACUCGAUUUCACUCGAGGGCGCCCAGACACUUGCGAGCUUCAUCAAGUAUUUUGGAAGUUUGUAG